UUCUCUCGCUCUAACCGUUAUUGACAUUGGGCACCGUUGAUAUGGUAUUAAACUCAUUGUGGCUACUGUACAUGAUAUGAUCAUAGUUGUGUCAUCAGGAACUAUAGUUUGAGAUUCGGCGGCAUGAACAAGGAUCUGCCCCACGAUCGCUUGUUGUUUUUCAUCAUGUUUCUUUUGUUAGUCUGUCUGACCAUCCCUGCUGUCUCAGCACAAGACAGCGUAAAUACCACACAGAAUUCUUCAAACAACUCUAACGCUACAGGAGGAGCCUCGGGGUCACGUGACCAUAUGAAUCUUCGUUCGGAUCUGUUUUCGAACGGUCGAUACGACAAGUCGAUUCGACCGGUCAAAAAUAUCUCCCAAACAACCCUCGUCGAGAUGCAAUUUUUCGUUGCCCAGGUCCUGGAUGUGGAUGAACGACUGGAGACUUUUAAAAUCAACGCCUGGUUGACCAUGAGAUGGCACGAUGACUAUCUGGUAUGGGAACCUUCCAUGUAUAACAGCGUUAAUAACUUCAAGAUUACAAGGGACGAGGUGUGGAUGCCGGACCUAUGGCUGUAUAACAAUGCUGGGAGUAGAUAUGAAGACUACGCAGCCCAUUCAAUAUGCAGUGUAUACCACACAGGGAAAGUAGUCUGGCAAUCACCCACUAUCAUCAAGACACACUGUACCAUGGACGUCACAAACUUUCCAUUUGAUGUGCAGAAAUGUACUGUGACCUUUGGCCCUUGGCAACAUGGCGCUAAUGAGAUUAUGCUUAACGGAACAGGUUCUGCUGAGAAGUACCUGCGGAGUUCCAGUGAGUGGGAGAUUACGUCCUUCCACGCCGGCGCGCACAAAGAACCUUAUCAAAUCUACCUGGAUGAUGAACCGAUCCUCUACAGUUACGUCGAAUACUCUGUCUUCCUCCGUCGUAUCCCAACCUACUUCGUCUUCAACCUGAUUAUGCCCUGUACCCUCAUCUCUGCCACCACCUUCCUGAGUUUCUUCCUGCCUCCAGAGUCCGGGGAAAAAGUGAGCCUUGGGAUCACAGUUCUGCUGUCUUUGACUGUCUUCUUAUUGCUUGUUGCUGAGCUUCUACCACCAUCUGGUGCUGUGCCUAUCAUUGCUAUUUACUACGCUGUUACCAUGGUAAUGGUAUCUCUAUCGCUGGCGAUGUCGGUCGUAGUACUCAAUCUGCACCAUCGUGGACCCGAAACAAGUCCUGUACCACCCUGGUUGCGAAAGAUCGUCCUUGGACGUGUCGGCAAGGUAGUUCUCAUGAGGAAGACAUCUUUCAACCAAGAAAUAUACUACCGGAGCCGAAAGUCCCAGCAGUGCCAGGGGACGCGGCUCCUCAACCACUACGAGAUGGAUUCGUAUGACGGGAACUACUGGGAAGAGCACCGGGACAUUGAUUCCAACAGCAACGGCGGUAGCGGCAUUAGGUUGGAUCGCAACGACAGACAUUCGAGGCCGUGUUCGCAACCAGUCUCCACGCACACGCGAAGCUCUUCUAACUCUAUGCGCAUGCGGGAAAUCAACCUCUUGCGGAAGAUCCACGAGGAUUUCCGAUUCCUGAAAGAGACUCAGAAACGAAAAGACAACGAGGAGAAAUGCCAUAAUGAAUGGAAGCAAGUGGCUUUGGUAGUUGAUAGAAUCUUCAUGUUUAUCUAUCUUAUUGGUAUGAUUGCAACCAUUUUGAUUAUUGUUACGCAGGUAACAUCAUGAAGGUAGAUCAGGUGGAAACGUCCUCAGGGCGUCGCUCUCGAUCUUUCAUUGUUGGCAGAAGCCCUUCCCUAAAUGUAAAGGGAUUUCGAGCUUCUAAGGGGCAACAAGAAAACAAAACGACGAUAUUGUUUUACGCCAAAGCCGAAUGCCACCUAUCCUAUUUUUCGCACAAGAGUUUUCUCUUGGCUCUCCGGGCUGGUCCAAAAGAACUCUUGAGCCUCUGGUGGAUGAUGUUCUGACGACGAUGAUGCAUAUUCAUUAAAGAUCAUAUACUCAUUCUUUGUGAUUUCAAUCCGAAAAACAUGUAAACGCAGGCUAUGAUUGCCAUGGUUACGGUUUAUGCAAAACUGGUAAAGAUCUCGUCAUCAUUGGUGAUUGAAAUCGUCACGUAGAUAUGAGUUAAAGUUUGAUUGAAUAUAAUUUGUAAAUAUGUUUUUGUUAUUGUAUGAUGCGAGCACAUAGUAUAUCCAUCUGUAUUUAUGACAAAAAGCUGAAGCGUAAUCAACACUUUGAAACACGUUGAAAGUAUUAGCUAAGGGUGUAUGAUUGAAACAU